UGUGUUGAGCGUAAGCAUGUGCGCGCGCGCGCUGGCAUUCCCGGAAGCGGGUGGCUGUCAGACAUCGCCGCUCCCUCCUCGCGCCAUUGAAAAGUCAGUUGAAGCUCGCGCUAGCCUUUUGACUCCCUCAGUAGCCACAUCUUCACGCUGUAAGUCAUGGCAGAGCACGAACCCACCCCCGAGCAGCUGGCAGCCAUCGCUGCCGAAAACGAAGAGAGCGAGGCUGUGAACUACAAGCCUCCGGAACCGAAGAGCCUGAAAGAGAUCCAGGACCUGGACAAGGACGACGAGAGCCUGCGCAAGUACAAAGAGGCUCUGCUCGGCUCAACCCCGGUGGCCGCAGAUCCCAACGCUCCCAACGUCCAAGUGACGCGUCUAACUUUAAUGUGUGAGACGGCCCCUGCUCCACUGACCCUUGACCUGCAAGGAGAUCUGGAGAGCUUCAAAAAGCAGUCGUUUAUACUUAAAGAAGGAGUGGAGUACAGGAUAAAGAUCAGCUUCAAGGUAAACAAGGAGAUUGUCUCAGGACUGAAGUAUGUCCAGCAGACCUUUAGAAAAGGGGUAAAAAUUGACAAAUCUGACUACAUGGUAGGCAGUUACGGACCUCGGCCAAACGAGUACGAGUUCCUCACGCCCCUGGAGGAGGCGCCGAAGGGCAUGAUCGCUCGCGGCACCUACAACAUUAAAUCCAAGUUCACUGACGACGACAAGCACGACCACCUGUCCUGGGAGUGGAACCUCAACAUCAAGAAGGAGUGGAAAGAAUAAGCUGCUCCUAAACCUUAGCUGCAUUUCCUCUCCAUCGUUUUUUCCAUUCUUCCUCCUUCUCUUUUCUCCCCAUAUUCUCCUUCAUAAAUACUUUCAUCAUGGAAUAACUGGUUAAUCAACAAACAAACAGUUUCUCACUCCGUCCAUCCUCCUACCAUUUGUCAUUCUUUGCAUUCGCUCUUCCCGUCACUCCCUUCCAGUGAAUGAGUAUUGAGGAUUUUCAUGAAAAAUAUAUAUGUGAAAACAAACAAAAAUGUGCACAAUCCAAAUUUUGUGUUUUAUUUUGUUUUGUUUGUAUAUAAAAGUAAAAAAAAAAAAUGAGAGGGAAUUUUUUUUUCAAAAACCUGAAUGCUUUUGACAUGGUUGGUGUUGGUAAUCUUCAUGUUCCCCAUGCUUAUCUGUCCGCGUCCUUUACCCUAUCCAUUUGUGCUCUGCGUGCAGAUUUCCUUACAUUCCUUUUCUCAUUACUUUUUUUUUAUUGCCAUAAUCUGCCUUGAUUACAGUAAUGGGAAAUGGUGCCACUUAACGGUUUGCCAGAGCUGGCAGAGCUAAUGGCUUCCAUGUCAGAAAGUGGCAUGUGUACCUUUUUAAGAUAAUCUGUGUGCAGUGGUUAGCGUGGCUGAUUGUAUUUGUUCCUAGCAGGGACAUGUUUGCAUGUGGGUAAUGUAGUGUUUCAAAUAUGUAGCUGUCUAUAUUGCAAAUGUUACCUCCUACCCACUGGAGGAGCUCCACUGAUCAGCCUUCCUGCUAGUGGCCUGUUUGUUUUUUUUUGUUUUUGUUUGUUUUUGUUUUUUUUAAACAUGUGGCCUUAAGUAAUUAUUCCUGUAGCAUGAAGAACUUGUUGCUUUUUGAGGUGUAACAGUUUUAAAUCUUAUCAAAUCAUUCCCCCCAUGCCUGGAGCCAAAUCUGAUUGCUUUGCUCACUGCUGUUCAGUCGGGAAGGAUUGUUUCAUCUGGUGCCUCAUCCACUUAGUUCGAUUCAGGAUAAACCACAAUGUGACGGCCAGUAGAAGUAGAACUAUACUGAAGGGGGGGGGGACUCAGUUUCGGCCCUCUGCAUCUUCUCUCACUUUAUUCAGUUGUAGUUGCCUGUCCAAGUCAAACUCUCUCUCCCUGAUGCGUCCAUUACUAAAAAGGCGUUUCACAAAUGCUGACUCUUGUGAAAGGUGCCUGAUUACAGUUGUCGUCUACGCGAGUUGCAUUAGCAUUGAGUGCUAAAGAGAUUUCUUGAAGCAAAAAGGGCUGUUUUUUUUCUAGCAGACCUCAAAUAUGAAAUGCUUCACCUACAAAUUCCAACAACACUGGCUGUGCCUCCACUAUUCCAUCACAAGCUGCUUUAUAUACAGUAGAUAUGUAUAACAAAAAAAGACCUCUGAAACAAAACCAUAACUCUAACUGAGCUGUUGCGUAGGGGAGAUGGACGUUGUUCUGUAGGAAGAGGGGAAGGGUGCUUGUCGAAUUUUGAUGCUGUGUAGCCAUUUUUUCUCUUCAGUACUCUAGCGUAGCCAUUUUUUUUCCCCUCCCACUUUAAGGUUUAAUCUCAGACUAGCGAAUGCGUCCGGUAUUGUACCCAUUUUCCUCGACACUGUUGCCUGUAAUGUUGCGUGGAGAUUUUUAGCACUUGUUUCUUCCUUUAAUUUCGUCUCUGCGUACUUCUGUCAUUCGAUCACUGUGGAAGGAGAUUACUGUUCAUCUGUGUCAACAUUAAAAAGUGUUCAAAAUGAAA